AUGGACUACAACAGUGUUCACGACCACAAGAACCAGUCACAUACAGACCCUUCACAGACCCUGUCGUAUGGUAGCAACGGUGAUGUGAACCACUACGACUAUCACACCCUGCCCUACCACACUGCCUCUACCACAAUUACCACAACCACCACAGCUACCAGAUUCUGGAUCCUCACCGUCUUUUCUGUCCUGUCUUGGGUGCAGGGGGUACAGUGGAACACAUGGGGCCCCAUCAGUGAGAGUAUGGGGGCGGCGUUCCCUGGAUGGGGGUCAUCAACAGUGGCCAUGAUGGCCAACUGGGGAACCAUAAUGUUUGUGGUGUUCGUGUUUCCCAUGUGCUGGGCCACUCAACGCUAUGGCCUGCGCAAGGUGGUGUUAGCUAGCACUGCGCUCAUCUUCCUUGGAACAGCCAUACGCUGUGUCACUACAGCCGGUCCAGUCUUCACUAUCUUGUCAUCUUCUCGCUUUCUUUUUGACAAUGUCACCUUCCUGUUUCCUCCCUGUGAACCAACUAUUGGUCAUCGCCUCUUCUUGUUCCCUGAGAAGAACAUAGCUAAAGGAAGAUAUACCUUUCAGUUAUGGAAAGAAAAGAAGAGCGAAGAGUGCCGCCAGUUUCGUGAAGACUGGGGCGACGACGCAAUGUGGGUGGGUCAGAUCUCUGUGGUGUUAUCCAGCCUGUCUCCCGUGGCGUCAGGGCGCUUCAAUGACCUGGUUAAGGGUCACGUCAGGUCCACGUUGAUUCUGCUCAUGUUGGCCACCACCAUCUGUUGCUACUGGUUCCUCUUGCUGUCUUAUGGCGUACUUGCACCCUCUAAGUGGCAGGUGUAUGUGUCCGUGGUGGGGGGCACAGCCUUCAACUACGCCACCUACCCACUACUGUACGAGGUAGGGGUGGACCUGGCCUACCCAGCCCCUGAGAUCCUGGUGUCUGGGGCCCUCACAGCCGCUUUAGAACCUAAUGUCUACACUCUUCCUUCUGGUCUUCUUCCCCCAGACGCUGGUAAGAACUUUCUCUCUCUCUUGGUGUUGCUUUUCUUAGUCAAAACUGGUGUUUUGUUAGUUGAUGAUGAGGUUGAUGAUGAGGAUAAUGAUGAGGUUGAUGAUAUUGAUGAAAAUGAUGAUGAUGAUGAUGGUAAUGAUGAUGACGUCUAUGGUAAUGAUGAUGUUUGUGACGAUAAUGAUGAUAACGUUGUUGAUAAUAAUGAAAAUGUUGAUAAUAAUGAUGAAAAUGAUGAUAGGGGUGAUUUUUAG